CUGUCAUGUCCAAUCACACAACCGGCAUGUGGCGGGCAUCUCCAUUGGCGGCGCUGGCGGCGCGUGUCCUUCCGCGGAGGUUCGCCCCUGUGGCUUUCUACUCCAAAGCGGCCAAAGGUCACUCAAAUCCGCUGUACUCCCCUGAAAAUCUUCGGGACAUCGCGACCGCGAUUCACAAGCGCAACGACAAAGCGUACCUGGACUUGCCAUCAAGGUUCACCAUUCCCAUCGAUGACGACGACUUCCCGCAGCAUCUGCGUGGCGCGACAAUUGACAUGGCCCAGUUUCGACACCGAUUGAAGACGCAGGCUAUCCCAACAGAAAUCGUCCAGCGACUCAACGCGAUGAACUUUGUGUGGAAUCCACGGCAGCAUCGUUGGAACUUGAACCUCAAAGCGCUGAAAGCGUUUGUUGACCUGCAUGGUCAUGCUGCCGUGCCACAAAAUUUUGUAGUCCCAGAGGACUCUAAAUGGCCUGAGGAAAGCUGGGGAAUUCGUUUGGGAUUUUUUGUCAAGUCCAUGCGUGCAAAUGAAGAUAAUCUGGCGGCAACGCGGCUUGAGCAGCUGGAAAAGCUUGGGUUCGUAUGGGAUGUGAAUUCGACGUGGCAACUUCGCGUGGAGGCCAUGGCGCACUUCAAGACCUUGCACGGACAUCUUCGCAUACCAUCGACGUUUGAAGUACCCGAACGAAAAAGUUGGCCACGGGAAAUGUGGAAGCUAAAGUUGGGCCACAUCGUCAAGAACACUCGCGGCCGGCAGCACAUGAUCCCUCCUGAUCGAGUCGUACAGCUGACUGAACUGGGGUUCGAAUGGAAACUAAAGUAACCACAUGGGAUCGUACAUGCAUGCAAUCUCGUUGCUUUGUCCAAGA